CAUCAUGGGAACAGAGGUGGUUUCAUUUAAGACCAGUGUGUGUCCAGAGAGCUGCCCAGGACAGAAACCUCUUAAGACAGCUGUCGCCAGCAAAAACCCAGCUGAAGCUGUGAGCUCUCUGCUUUUCUGUCUGGGUCCCUGUGGAUGGCGUCCCAGGCCUUGUUGGAACUGCAACCCUCUAACGGAAGCCAACAGGCCCCUCCCAACAUCACCUCCUGCGAGGGUGUCCCAGAAGCCUGGAGUCUGCUGUAUCGGAUGCUGCCAGGGUUCGUCAUCACUGUCUGUUUCUUUGGCCUCCUGGGGAACCUUUUCGUCUUGUCCUUCUUCCUUUUGCCUUGGCGCGGGUGGAGGCGGCGGCGGCGGCGGCGAAGCUUAACCAUAGCGGAAAUCUACCUGGCUAACUUGGCAGCUUCUGAUCUGGUGUUCGUCCUGGGCCUGCCCUUCUGGGCAGAGAACAUUGGGAACCGUUUCGACUGGCCUUUUGGAAGUGACCUCUGCCGGGUGGUCAGCGGGGUCAUCAAGGCCAACCUGUUCAUCAGCAUCUUCCUGGUGGUGGCUAUCAGUCAGGACCGCUACAGGUUGCUGGUAUACCCCAUGACCAGCUGGGGGUACCGGCGGCGACGGCAAGCCCAAGCUACCUGCCUGCUCAUCUGGGUAGCUGGGGGCCUCUUGAGCAUCCCCACCUUCCUUCUGCGCUCCGUCAAAGCCGUCCCUGAUCUGAACAUCUCUGCCUGUAUCCUGCUUUUUCCCCAUGAAGCUUGGCACUUUGCGAGGAUGGUGGAGCUGAACAUUUUGGGUUUCCUUCUCCCACUGGGGGCCAUCCUUUUUUUCAACUAUCACAUCCUGGCCUCCCUGAGAGGACAGAAGGAGGCCAGCAGGACCCGGUAUGGGGGUCCCAAGGGCAGCAAGACAACGGGGUUGAUCCUCACACUGGUGGCCGCCUUCCUGGUCUGCUGGGCCCCUUACCACUUCUUUGCCUUCCUGGAUUUCCUGGUCCAGGUGAAAGUGAUCCAGGACUGCUCCUGGAAGGAGCUCACAGACCUGGGCCUGCAGCUGGCCAACUUCUUUGCUUUUGUCAACAGCUGCCUGAACCCACUGAUUUAUGUCUUUGCAGGCCGGCUCUUUAAGACCCAGGGUUCUGGGAACUUUAUAAAUGACGUGCCCGAGAAGCCUCAUGCCCGUAUCGCCCAAUAGAAAAGAACUCUUCCAACUGUCCUGGUGGAAUUCAAACAGCAGAAGCCUGGCUCUGAUAUCAUAAAGACCAUCUGGUCGGCUGACCCACCCACCUACAAGGAUGCCUAGGGAAAAGCUACUAACAAGGUAGCUGGGACCUUGCAGAUGCAAGGAUCCAAAGAUUAGGCUGAUCCUGAAGAUUUUUUCGGGGCAGAGGGAGAAGAACAGCCACAGAUGUCCUUUUAAGAAGGGAUCAGGAAGCUGGAACAUAUGAGGACAGAAGUAGAAGUCAGAGAAUUGUGAGGAAGGGGCCGCCAGCUGAGGACUGCAGGCAUUCUUAGGGGUUGGAAAAGAAAGAACACAGACAGACAUCCUCUCUGGAACCUAUAGAAAAAACAAAAACCAAAACAAACAAAAAACCAAACAAACAAGCAAACAAACAAACAAACAAAAAAAAAA